UGUUCUGAUCGUGACAGGCUCGAGCAGGGCUGCGGUCUGUAAACAUGGCGGCGUGCACAGCCACAGCGCUGCGCCGAACACCCCGCUGCUACUAGUCCGGAGAGACGCAGACACCCCCACCAUGGAGACCGAGGAGGAGCAGCACAUCACCACGCUGCUCUGCAUGGGCUUCCCGGACCCCGACGUGAUCCGCAAGGCGCUGCGGCUGGCGAAGAACGACAUCAACGAGGCGGUGGCGCUGCUCACCAACGAGAGCCCCGGGCUGGGCUACGGAUACGAGCCCAUGGAGAGCGGCCCGGCCCCGGCCGGGGGCUCCGGCGGGGACGGGGAGGGCGGCCAUGGGAGGACCGGCACCGGGGGCUUCGACCCCCCGCCCGCCUACCACGACGUGGUGGACGGCGAGCGGAGCAAUGACGAGAAUGGGAACUGCUCAGGAGGCAGCAUGGAGUUCCCCACCACCAACCUGUAUGAACUGGAGAGCCGAGUGUUCACGGACCACUGGUCUAUACCUUACAAGAGAGAGGAAUCGCUGGGCAAAUGUCUUAUUGCCUCCACCUGCCUUGCACGUCACGGUCUUGCCGACGCUGAUGAGAACUGCAAGCGGUUUAUAGACCGCUGCAUGCCAGAGGCCUUUAAAAAGUUGUUGACCAGCAGUGCCGUACACAAGUGGGGGACAGAGAUUCACGAAGGAAUCUACAACAUGCUCAUGCUGUUGGUGGAGCUGGUUGCAGAACGGGUGAAGCAGGACCCUGUGCCUGUAAACCUGAUGGGAGUCCUGACCAUGGCCCUUAACCCCGACAACGAGUACCAUUUUAAGAACCGGAUGAAGGCCUGCCAGAGGAACUGGGCGGAAGUCUUUGGAGAGGAGGCCAACAUGUUUGCCGUAUCUCCCAACACGUAUCAGAAAGAGCCUCAUGGUUGGUUGGUUGAUUUGGUGAAUCGAUUUGGAGAGUUGGGAGGAUUCACUGCCAUCCAGACAAAGCUCAACAUAGAGGAAAUUGAGAUUGCCUGCGUCUCCGCUCUGGUUCAGCCUCUUGGAGUUUGUGCCGAAUACCUGAACUCAACCCUUGUCCAGCCCAUGCUUGAUCCCGUCAUUCACAAGAUGAUCACAUACGUGCAAAACCUGGAGGAAAAGGACCUUAAAGACAAGCGUCUGGUGAGCAUCCCAGACCUUCUGUCCGCCAUCAAGCUGUUGUGUAUGAGGUUCGAGAGGGACCUGGUCGCCGUGGUGGACGACCUGCGGCUGGACACGCUGCUGCGGAUGCUCAAAACUCCCCACUUUUCCACCAAGAUGAACUCCCUCAAAGAAGUGACCAAGUUGAUAGAGGAGAGCACAGUGUCAAAAACAGUGAAAAAUGCAAUUGACACGGAUAAACUGCUCGACUGGCUUGUGGAGAACUCAGUCCUGUCAAUAGCACUGGAAGGAAACAUUGAUCAGGCUCAGUACUGUGAGAGGAUUAAGGGAAUCAUUGAGCUGCUGGGAAGUAAACUGUCACUAGAUGAACUUUCCAAAAUCUGGAGGAUACAGGCAGGCCAGUCAUCUACGGUGAUCGAGAACAUCCAUACAAUAAUUGCUGCUGCUGCUGUGAAAUUCAGCUUCGAUCAGCUCACUCACCUCUUUGUCCUCAUUCAAAAGAGCUGGGAAAUUGAGAGCGAUCGCGUUAGGCAAAAGCUGCUCAGUUUGAUCGGGAGAAUAGGCCGAGAAGCCCGUUCUGAUACCACAACAGGAAAGGUGCUGGAGGUGCUGUGGGACCUGGCUCACCUCCCCACCCUGCCCACCAGCUUAGUCCAGCAGGCGCUGGAGGAGCACCUGGGGAUCCUGAGUGAUGCCUACGCUGUUAAGGAGACGGUGAAACGUAGCUACAUCAUUAAAUGCAUCGAGGACAUUAAGAAGAAUCACUCUCAGGAGGACAAUAAAGGCAGCGACACUCAAAUCUCAUUUCAUAUUGGCACUUGGGGCAAGAAGAAAUCUAACUCUUUGGCUAAAGCAUCUCAGCCCAGCAGUCCUCAGGCGAUCUGGGUUGUUCCCGCUCUCCGACAGCUGCAUGAGAUCACCCGCUCUUUUAUCAAGCAGACUUACCAGAAGCAAGACAAGAGCAUCAUCCAGGACUUAAAGAAGAACUUUGAGAUUGUGAAACUGAUCACGGGAUCUCUCGUGUGCUGCCAUCGCCUCGCUGUGACCGCUUCGGGUAAUAAUGGCCUCUCAGGUUCAGCUCUGGUGGAUGGGAGAUACAGCUACCAAGAGUAUCUGGACAGCCACCUGCGCUUCCUGGCGUUCUUCCUCCAAGAGGCCAGCCUCUACCUGGUCUGGAACAGAGCAAAGGAGCUCUGGGAAUGCCUGGUGUCGGGGCCGGAUGUUUGUGAACUUGACCGCGAGAUGUGCUUUGAGUGGUUCACCAAAGGACAGCAUGACCUUGAGAGUGAUGUCCAGCAGCAGCUCUUCAAGGAGAAGAUCUUAAAGCUGGAGUCUUAUGAGAUCACCAUGAAUGGUUUCAAUCUGUUCAAGACUUUCUUUGAGAAUGUAAAUCUGUGCGACCAUCGUCUGAAGCGACAGGGAACUCAGCUGUGUGUGGAGCGCCUUGACCUGACGGGGAUGGAUUUUCUUUGGCGUAUCGCCAUGGAAACCCCUGACGAGGAGAUAGCCAAUGAUGCAAUCCAGCUUAUUAUCACCUAUAGCUAUACCAACUUAAAUCCCAAGAUGAAGAAGGAUUCAGUGUCUUUGCACAAGAAGUUCAUAGCAGAUUGCUACAAACGACUAGAAGCUGCAAGUUCGGCCCUGGGCGGGCCUACUUUGACACAUGCUGUUACUAGGGCAACCAAGAUGCUGACGGCCACUGCCAUGCCAACCGUGGCCACAUCUGUACAAUCACCUUCCAGGUACAGAGGGGGGUUUGGAUCCACAAAGCUGGUAAUAAUUGAAAGACUGCUGCUGUUGGCUGAACGCUACGUCAUCACUAUAGAGGAUAUGUACUCAGUUCCUCGCACUAUUCUACCUCACGGUGCCUCGUUCAAUGGACACCCCGUCACCCUUCACGUCACCUAUGAGUCAACCAAAGACACCUUUGCCCUCGAGACCCACAGUAAUGAGACGAUAGGAAAUAUCCGGUGGAAGAUUUCUGAGCACUUGAGCUGUCCAGUGGAUAAUGUCCAGAUCUUUGCCAAUGAUAGCGUUCUGACCAUGAACCGAGACCAGAAGCUGCUGUCCCAGCUCGGCUUCGGCGACGAGCAGAGUCUGACUGUGAAGAGCUCCGGCACCGGUACUCCAUCCGGCAGCUCAGAGUCCUCGGCCUCCGCCUCCAGCAGCUCCAGCUCUGCUGUCUUCAACUCCGCCUAUGCCUUGGAGCAGGAGAAGUCCCUGCCUGGGGUGGUGAUGGCUUUGGUGUGCAAUGUGUUUGAAAUGCUUUACCAGCUGGCAAACCUAGAUGAGUCCAGGAUCACUCUUCGCGUGAGGAAGCUCCUCCUACUGAUUCCAACUGAUCCCGAUGUGCAAGAUGCUCUUGAUAACUUUGUUCCCAAAGAAUCCAGUGUCUGGAGCCACCAGGUACCUAAAAGUGUCUUAAAGAGCGUUUCAUGUCAAGAGAAGACGCUGUUCACGCUCGGCCAGGGAUCAGGCUCUCGAUCUCCUUCUAUGACGGCCAAGCAGCAGCAUCAGCCCAGCGCAGCGUCCAUCUUGGAGUCCCUUUUCCGAUCUUCUGCUCCUGGAAUGUCUACUUUCAGAGUGCUGUACAAUCUUGAGGUAUUGAGUUCAAAGCUCAUGCCUACAUCGGAUGAUGAGAUGGCCAAAACCAGCAGCAAGUCCUUCUGUGACAACUUCCUUAAAGCAGGAGGCCUGAGUCUGGUGGUGAAUGUUAUGCAGAGAGAUUCCAUCCCAUCCGAAGUGGAUUACGAGACCAGACAAGGGGUCUACUCCAUUUGCCUUCAGUUGGCCAGGUUCCUCCUGGUGGGUCAGAGCAUGCCUGCACCGCUGGAAGAUGACGUGAUCAGGGACAGCGAGGCGCUCUCGUCCCGGCCCUUCCGUAACGCGGGCCGGGCGGGGCGGCAGCUGUCCCUCUGUGGAACUCCAGAGAAGUCUUCUUACAGACAGAUGUCCCUGUCUGAGCGCUCGUCCAUACGAGUUGAAGAAAUCAUACCUGCUGCCCGCGUCGCCAUUCAGACCAUGGAGGUGGGCGACUUCACCUCCACCGUAGCCUGUUUCAUGCGCCUGACCUGGGCAGCUGCAGCAGGACGAUUGGAUCUGGUUGGCAGCCCACAGCCAAUCAGAGAGACUCACAGCACACUGCUGCCACAGGGGGUCCGGACCCGAGUCAGCAGCACUGGAAGUAACUGCAGCUCCAGCAGUGAGGGCGAGACCACACCCACAGCACUGCAUGCUGGGAUAUGUGUCCGUCAGCAGAGCGUCUCUACCAAAGAUGCCAUCAUCGCUCGCGAGGCCCUGUCUCUGCUGGUCACCUGCCUGCAGCUGCGCUGUCAGCAGCUGACUUCUUUUUACAGCCUUCCUUCCGUCAGUGACUUCAUUAUUGAUAUUCUGCUGGGAUCUCCCAGCGGAGAGAUCCGCCGCGUGGCAUGUGAUCAGCUGUACACUCUGAGCCAGUCGGACACUUCGGCCUUUCCUGAUGUCCAGAAACCCAACUUGUUCCUCCUCUCAGGCAUUCUCACAGCUCAGCUGCCGUUGUGGAGUCCCACGUCCGUCAUGAGAGGCGUCAACCAAAGGUUGCUGUCCCAGUGCACAGAGUACUUUGACCUGAGAUGUCAGCUUCUGGAUGACCUAACCACCUCGGAGAUGGAGGUGUUGAAAGUGAGUGCAGCCACGAUGCUCGAGGAUGAGAUCUCUUGGCUCGACAAUUUUGAGCCCAGCUGGAGCUCGGAGAUGGAAACCAGCGAAGCAGAUAACAUCCUGCUGGCAGGACAUCUCCGGCUCAUCAAGACAUUGCUCUCGCUCUGCGGCAAUGAGAAAGAACAUCUCGGUCCAUCUGUCAUCCAACAGUUGCUGGAUGAUUUCCUGUUUCGAGCUUCACGCAUCAUCAUCAACAGUUCCAACCCUACUCCUUCUGCAGCCCCGAGCCACGACUUCCACCCUAAGUGCAGCACGGCUAGCAGCAGACUGGCGGCCUACGAGGUGUUGGUGAUGCUGGCAGACAGCUCACUGCCAAACCUGCGCCUCAUCAUCAGAGAGCUGCUGUCCAUGCACCACCAGUCGGAUCCUUCCCUCUGCAAGGAGUUUGAUUAUCUGCCCCCUGUGGAGAGUCGCUCAGUCUCAGGUUUCGUGGGGUUGAAGAACGGCGGAGCCACGUGUUACAUGAACGCUGUGUUCCAGCAGCUGUACAUGCAGCCCGGCUUAGCUGAGGGUUUCCUGUCCAUUGAGGAUGACACAGACCAGCCAGAAGAGAGCGUCUUUUACCAGGUUCAGUCCUUGUUUGGCCACCUGAUGGAGAGCAAGCUGCAGUACUACGUUCCAGAGAACUUCUGGAAGAUCUUUAAAAUGUGGAACAAAGAGCUGUACGUGAGAGAACAGCAGGAUGCCUACGAGUUCUUCACCAGCCUGGUGGACCAGCUUGAUGAACAUCUCAAGAAAAUGGGCCGAGAACAAAUAUUCAAAAACACAUUUCAGGGAAUCUUCUCCGACCAGAAGAUUUGCAAAGACUGUCCCCACCGAUACGAGCGUGAGGAAACAUUCAUGGCGUUGAACCUCGGAGUGACUUCUUGCCAAAGUUUAGAGAUUUCAUUAGACCAGUUUGUCAGAGGAGAGGUGCUAGAGGGCAGCAACGCCUACUACUGUGAAAAAUGCAAAGAGAAGAGGACCACAGUGAAGAGGACAUGCAUCAAAUCCCUGCCCAGUGUCCUCUGCAUUCACCUCAUGCGCUUCGGCUUCGACUGGGAAAGCGGGCGCUCCAUCAAAUAUGACGAGCAGAUUCGGUUCCCCUGGGUGUUGAACAUGGAGCCGUACACCGUGUCUGGAAUGGCUCGUCAAGACUGCAGUGGAGACGGAGUGGAGGGGAGAGGCGACGGCACCUCCGGAGGGUCCCCCAGGAAGAAAGUCACAAUCUCUGAGAACUAUGAGCUAGUGGGAGUUGUAGUCCACAGUGGUCAGGCGCACGCAGGGCAUUACUACUCCUUCAUUAAAGACAGGCGUGGCAGCGCCCGAGGACGUUGGUACAAAUUCAAUGACAAUGUGGUGGAAGAGUUUGAUAUGAACGAUGAAACUCUGGAGUACGAGUGUUUUGGUGGAGAGUACCGUCCUAAAGUUUAUGAUCAGUCCAACCCGUACCCGGAUGUGCGGAGGAGGUACUGGAACGCCUACAUGUUGUUUUACCAGAAGAUCAGCGAUCAGAACUCACCCGUUCUCCCCAAGAAAAGCCGAGUCAGCAUCAUGAGGCAGGAGGCCGAGGAUCUCACACUGUCUGCUCCGUCCUCUCCUGAUGUUUCUCCACAGUCGUCCCCUCGCCCCCCGAGAGCCAACAAUGACCGCCUGACGCUCCUGACCCGCCUGGUCCGCAAAGGGGAGAAGAAGGGCCUGUUUGUGGAGAAGAUGCCUGCCAGCAUCUAUCAGAUUGUGAGAGAUGAGAAUCUGAGGUUCAUGAGGAACAGAGACGUCUACAACAGCGACUACUUCAACUUCAUCCUCUCGCUGGCCUCGGUCAAUGCAACGAAGCUGAAGCAUCCAGACUAUCAGCAAAUGGCCAAAGAAAGCCUUCAGCUGGCUGUUCACUUCCUCUUCCACACCUACCUGCACACCAAAAAGAAGCUCAGGGUGGACACGGAGGAGUGGAUGGCGGCGGUGGAGGUGCUGCUGUCUAAGAGCAGCGAGGCGUGCCAGUGGAUGGUGCAGUACCUGGUGGGACCGGAGGGACGAGAGAUCAUCAGGGGCUGUCUGUUGGAGUGCAGUGCACGAGAGGUGAGGAUUGUGGUUGCAUCCAUUCUUGAGAAAACUCUGGAGAGCGCUCUGCACUUCGGAGACCCGGGACUGGACGGGUUGGCCGACGCUCUGCUCUCCUUACUGGACAAGGAUGUCCCUGAAAAUGUGAAAAACUGCGCCCAGUACUUCAACCUUUUCAGUAACUUCACUCACAGGGGUUGCGGCCCCUGUCAGUUGCUGUUGAAACACUCAGCGUAUCGUCGGAUGCUCGUCUUCUUGUUGGGGCCCAACAGGCAGAACAACCAGAACCGGCGGUGGAGUCCAGCUCAGGCUCGGGAGUUUCUCCACCUCCACAGCACUCUGGCCCUCAUCACGCUGCACUCUGACGUCGGCCCCCAGCAGACCCACGCCUCAGGAGGGUUUAAGUUGCGUGUGAGCAGCAUCCCGUCCUCCACCCCUCUCCUCCCCCUCCACCCGGACAUCCUGGCGUCCCUCUUCACUCCGGAGGGACAGCCGUACCUGCUCGAGGUGAUGCUGGCCAUGCGUGAGCUGUCUGGACCGCUGUCCUUCAUGAUAGAAAUGGUGACCUACUGCUCGUACUGUAACGAGUCCUUCUCCCUGGGGGUGCUGCAGUUACUCAAGACUCAGCUGGAGACGGCUCCCCCUCACGAGCUUAAGAACAUCUUUCUGAUGCUGCAGGAGCUGCUUAUGGUGGAAGACCCUCUACAAACCCAGAGGCUCAAGUAUGCGUUUGAGUCGGACAAAGGCCUGCUGGCUUUGAUGCACCAGAGCAACAACGUGGACAGCCGGCGCUGCUACCAGUGUGUGAAGUUCCUGGUCACAUUAGCUCAGAAGUGCGCUCCAGCCAAGGAUUACUUCAAAGACCUGUCUGGUCACUGGAGCUGGGCGGUGCAGUGGCUGCAGAAAAAGAUGACUGAACAUUACUGGACUCCUCAGAGCAACGUCUCCAACGAGACGUCCACCAACAAAACCUUCCAGCGCACCAUUUCUGCACAGGACACUUUGGCCUAUGCCACGGCGUUGUUAAACGAGAAGGAGCAGUCUGGCAGCAGUAACGGCUCCGACGGCAGCCCGGCCAACGAGAACGCAGACCGCAGCCUCCGACAGGGGUCGGAGUCUCCCAUGAUGCUCGGCGACUCAAAGAGCGAUCUAGAAGACGUGGACUCCUAGGUCCCCGGGCUGGCGGAUCCCUCCAGAGGAGAGGCAGCACAGGUCCAGGCAGCCGGUCCCGAGGGCUGAGUCUGCCACUGAUUGGUCAGGACAUUUAGGACUCCAAGGCAAGCCAAUCAGAACACUUUCUCUCGGUCGCUGUGGCAACGAAGGAGCUAUGAAUAUAUCAUGAACUCGAAUCCUUUCAGACCAGCCAAGGCGACGAUAGAGAUGCAUUAUCAUUAAGGGAAUUGAUUAGGGUGCGAAGUGCAGAAUACCUUCCACAAUCACGGAUGACUUCAGUUUAUCCUUUUAAUUAUUCAUUCACUCAGAAUGACAGCGAGGUGGAGGAUGGGUUUGGGUUGUGUUUUAACAAUUUUCUGCUCAUAUUUGCCAAUGUAUUUGCGUAGACAUAUUCAUUGUAAGUAAGAUCUGUUGCAUAGAUGUAAUUUCCAGUGUAAAAUAAUAUUUUAAAGUCUCCUGUGCCCUUCUCCACAGCCAUGCAUUUUUGAAGGAGGUCAACGUUAGCUGCUCUAGAGGAACUUAGAUGUGUGCAUUUGAACAGAAACACCUCCACACGCGAGCACUUGGGAGGGGGGUGGGGUUACGUAUGCACUUUAUAGUCCAACCCGGGCUCUUGUGAAGUACAGCAGCGCCGGUCAGUUCCUCCAGAGUCACGUGACACUUGUGUCCCUCUUUUUCCUUUUUUUUUUUUUAUUUUUACUUCCAACAACUUAUCUUUGCAGUGCCAUUUAUGCAGACAGACAGACAGACACCCUGAUAGCACGCCAACUUUUUCUGUGACUUGACCUUUGACCUGUGGCAAUCGUGUCGUACCCACGGGAACGCCAAGCGGGGGCCGCGGCUCUGUCCCGGGCCUGGGACAGAUCCACGGUCCUCAGCAAAUCCGGAGCGAGCAGUGCCGUGGUCAGCAGUCUCUCCACGCUCUCCUCACGCUGACCGGCAGCCUCAUUGUGCCGGAUCUUAUUCUUCUCAUCACCGUUUUCUUUUCUUUUGCCACUUGUCUUUGAUUCUGGGUGAACUUAACACUUCAGAGGAUCUUUAGAGACUUCAGCCUUAUGCAAAGAAAAAGGUGAUUUUUUUUUUUUUUCUUCAAGCGCACAGAUCAGUCGCGGUGGGUCAUCAGUGCUGACUGCGGUGGAGCUCAGGAGCAUGUUUUAUUUUAUUUUAAGGUGCCAAGGUUACAAACACAAAGAUCGACACACUAUGAUACAACUUAAAAAAAAAAAAAAAAAAGACAAAAAAAAGCAAGCAUGUGUCACUCAUUCACGCUGCUCACAAAUGCAACAUGCAGGUUCUCACCUCACUGUUACCUUUGCUUUAUCACGUUUAUGGAGUUUAUCCAGUGGUUUCUUUUUCGCUUUACCUUUUGCUUUUGUUUGCCUUUUUAAACAAAAAAAAACACAAAAAAAAAAAACACAUACACAGGGGAGCUGAACCCAAAUGUAGCUCUAGUUGUUUUGCAGAAGGAUACGCCCAUGUUACCAUCAUAACUAUCCCAGUCAUCGGGAGCCUUAAAGUGCCUUAAUCUCCCGAUGUCCCCACCUCUCCACUCACACCCGCCACGUUUCUACAGGGGAGUGUUCACGUCCCCCCUCACCCGUCUCCAUCCCACACCAGUGUCUCCUGUAGUCAGCGUAGCCUUGCUGUGGGACUGCAACAGGGCUUCUUCAUCUUUAUUCUUCCCACACGUAAUCCAGGGAGUUUCCUUUGAGUGCUGUGACAAAACGGUUCCAGGAGUGAACGUGGUCCUGCUUGGACGUGGGAGGGCGGGCGCGUCCGAUGAUGAUGAUGAACAGGGUUUUGGGGACGGUAAAAUGCUGCUUCUUUUUCACACUGCACUCAGGCAGAAAAACCUUGUAGAUACUGCUUCAGGCUAGGUAGUUUCAAAGAAGCAUCGCUUCCACUCACGUUUCCAAGACGUGAGCCGAAGGCGCGCCGGAUUCAGCUUUUCACGGGUCGAUGUUUACGAUGUGAGGACCUACAGUUCAAAGCAAUCAUACAGAAUGAUUUUUUUUAUUCUUUAAGUCAACUUGCAAUCAGCUGAUCCACUGAGGCUUCUCUUCCCAUCAUCACAGCUCAGCAAGAAAAGACACGUUCACGCUUUAGCCCCUCAUACAACCCCCCCUUUUACUCCUCCUUCCUCUUUCUCAUCAGUUGUGAAUGUCACUUUGUGCUCUCCGGCACAUUUGCAUGUAUGGCAGCAAGUGGUGGUGAAGUUUGUCUCUUUCUGUGUGAUGAAGGAGAAAAAGAAGAAAAAAAAAACAAAGACAAAAAAAAAAAAUCAGCCCCUCCCUCUCCCACCGUGUAGUUUGUUGCGGGAUUCGGUGUCAUGAGCACUUGUCGUCACAAACUCUCACACACACGCUCUUUCUCUCGCCGGUUUAGUGUUCUGUGAGGGAGCUGCAUGCAGUCUGUGCCAAGCGAUAGUUGUCCACGGCAACACGAGUUGCAUCCAGUCGAGAGUCUCACAGGACUGGCCUUCUACAUCACCACAACUACUUAAAAUUGAGGGACGGGGGACGACUUUAAAACAAUCUUUUGUUGAAUUUGUGGGAUGCUGGGAGGGUUGAGUAAGUGUGUGGUCGGGGAUUGGCAUCAAUACGGGUUUUUACUGUAUUUCAAUUUUGAAGAUUCACUUCUGACAUCACAGGAAUCUGUACUGCAUGGUAAAACUCCGUUUUAAUUUGUACAUCAGAGUUUGAUUAAGGGGAAAUUUGAUAUAAAAUAAACUGGAAUGCACAGCCUUUUUGUAAA